AUGUUUUUUAAAAGAAUCCCAGUGUUGUUUAUGUUCGUAUUUUUCGUUUUUUGUGACGCUGGUUUUGUCGAUAAUCUUCCAAAAUGCCACCUCAAGGACAAUGAAUGUUUAAGAGAUCUGUACGAAACAGUGAUCAGGGAUAUUGGAAAGCAUGGAAUACCAGACCUGAACAUUCCACCAGUGGACCCCAUCCGUUUGACCAAUGUUACUGUUUCUGUACUGAAUGUCGUGAACAUUACCAUGGUUGAAGGAGUUGCCAAAGGCAUUAAAGACUGCCUUUUUGAAAAAUUCAGUAUCAACAUUACUUCAGAAAUCGGCCAUCAAGAGAACACAUGUGAUCUGACUAUCAAAGGACAUUACAAAGUUGAUACGGCAAGUUCAUUGGCAGAAAACCUUUUGGGAGGAAUGUCAGUACAUGGUGAUGGGAAUGGAAAAGUGAAAAUUGACAAACUGCAUUUGAAAUUUGAUUUUCCUUUUUACGCCCAAAGGCGCGAUGACGGCGAGAUCUACAUAAAAUGCAUUUACGACCUCAUCAAGUACGACUAUGAAUUUGGAGGGAAAGUCGCUUUCUUUGCUGAUAAUCUUUAUGUUGGAGAACAGGAGAUCAGCUCUCCCAUUAUAGCGAUGUUGAACGAAAACUGGCGUUUUGUGAUGUCAGGUUUCGGUCAGCCCUUCGUGGACAAGGCCAUGGAGUUCUACUUCAGAUUCGCUGGUUACUUCUUUGAUAACGUUCCUGCUAGAUAUUAUAUCAUUGAUGACCUGUCGCCUUACGCUAAACCUUGA